AUGGCUGCAGCUGCUAGUGAUGAAGACAAGGCGAAUAGCGAUACCGAGGAAGAACGUUUGGUCGCGGACGUUCUAUCAAAGUUUUCAUCCGAAAAAGCUAGUGUUUUGCAAGCACUACAAAAUUGUCUUCAGACCGCAAUCAACAUUUUGAUAUCUGACGAAAUUGUUAGUGAGGAAGAUGUAGCAGAUGUUAUUAGCAUCUUACAAGAACUAGAUGAUCCCGAAAUAGCAUCAGAAGCUCUUUACGAUGUCGUCCUCGACAAGGCCAACAAAGACCCCAACAUGGUGAUGACAUUUGUAGAGUCGGUUGGCAAAGUGAACUCGACUAUUUGCAACCUUUUUCGCUCAUCUCCACGUUUAACCUGGCAACAGCUGAAACAAAAACGAGCGGUCAUUGUGAAAUCACUAGACGCGAGCGCUGUUAUUGAUGCAUGUGUUGAGAAGGGUAUCGUUACACGUCAACAGUACCAGGUUCUGAUCAAGGUCAAGCAGAUGGGAAAGCCUUCCGAGGUUGUCGCUGACAGAUUUCUCCGUGUAUUGGAAAAGUUGUCCGAGGAUGAGCACCAAGGCUCACAGUUGGCUGAAUUUGAAAAGAUUCUUAUGGACAAGCAACCAAACGUACUGAAGGCAUUGAUACAAGCCGAUCAAGAUCCUAGCACGAUUAAGACUAGCAUUGAGCCAAUUGGGUCUGGCAGUGACUUCGAGUCUCAGACAACAGCAAAUUGUGUUUCGGAGGAAUCUGCUGAAGUUUCAGCCGUAAACAGUACAGAAGAAGCGUCAUCUUCUGUUUGCAUUGACAAGACAAUAAUACCUUCAGAACGUAAUAGGCAACUUGAGCUCAGCAAUACAGUAGAAAGUGACAAUUAUUCUGAAAGGCCGCUUACGUCUGAAGGUGGGCGCCAUCACAUUUUGUCACCAGACCUACCAGGACGACCGCAAGUUCCACCAGUUACAGCUCCUUGGCCUUGGAAUCCACAUCACGUCUUAGGUUUUGGAGCACCUCAUACGUACGCCGUCCGUAGUCCGUUACCAACAGUCCCGGUCUGGUCACAUCAAGGUAACUUUUGGUAUAAUGAUCCUUAUCGGCCCUCUUUUGGAGUGUCAGCUGCGGGUACAACAAUUGGUUCACCGGCAGACUCUCGUGCAGUUGCUAUUGCUUCGUCGAGAAAACUACCUUCAACUCCAGAAUCAAUGCCACUUCACAAUGAGUCGUCAAUGGCAAACUCGACAUUUCAAUCAAUUUCUGGUUACGACUUAUACACUACGGAAAAUUCUCAGACACGUGACCUUUUUGGUAAUACAGAUGAUUCUGAUUUCACGAGUAUGAAGCAACAAUUUUACGAAAUGAUGAUUGAUGACGGCCCGUCCAAUUCUGAGAAAGAUGACAGUUUUUUUACAGUUGAGCUAGAAAAGCUUUCUCCGGACAAGGUAAUCGAUAUUUACCGCAAAUGUGACGGUAAGGGUUUCGCUGUCCAUCUCAAACCUUAUUUAGUGGACUUGUUGAAACGAAGGGAAAACUUUCGAUCAGUUCUGCAUACGUUUGUCUCCGCUCUGAACGAAGAAACAAAGCAAACGACAACGAAGGAAACUACUGCGCUUUCUCCUCUGCUUUUAGAGCUAACGCCCAAAGAUAUUUUUAUUGCUUUAUUAGAGGUAAUGCCGGAUACCGUUCAUAGUCGCCUCGUGUCUCUGUAUUCGAGUCUGUAUUGCGCUAUGCCGGUCACUUACGUUCUUCAACUUCCUAUUGGCUACCCCCGAACGGUCACAAACUUUCAAUCUCUUCAAGAUGUUCUCGCAGUCCCAAGUUAUCCGCUCGUCGUAUCAUGUGGUACAGCAAACGCUGUAAGGAAAGGAAAAUCAACAUUGAUGGGAAAGUUGGUAGGACAACUAGAAACUACGUCAUUGAGUUUUGAUUCGUUUGAUGUUUGCUCAGCCGAAGGUUUUGGCGGGUUAUCUCACUCCCCUUCUAUUGAUCUUUUGCUUGAGGUCAAACCUAACGUUCCUUGUGGUCUCAACUUUGCCGAUGUUCACGGGUUUACGAAUGAAAAAACGUUUUGUUAUGCUUUGUCCACACUGUGCUCGGUCGCAGCUCUAGUACUUGUUCACGUGACUGCUAAUGACUUUGGUCCUUGCGGUUCUCUUGGUGACAGUUUGCAGUCGUUUUUGCUACACAGUUGUAAUCUUCAGUUUACAAACGCAGAGGUUGUUAUUUUUGUUCGUGAUGUUCCCAGUACUGCAGAAAUGCCUUCUACCUUUCCACAGUCGACAUCAAUCAGUAAGUCGUUAAGAGAGAUCCUUCCCAAAAGAUUAGCAAGAGUUGUGCCCGUCCAAGACCUUGUAAAAGGUUGCACUGAGGGACAACGACAGAUGACUGUCAUACGUGUUAGAGAUCAAAUGGCACCGAUAUUUGGUAAACUCAAACAACGAUUACCUUGCUCGGAAAUUAUCCAAAAUCGUUUUGUGUCUUGCUACACCGGGCAAUCUCAAGCCUUAGUUCCUUACAGAAGACAGUCUGGCAAAAAUUUAGACGGAUUUUCUUCUUUAGGGAGAGAAACAUUUCAGGUUCUUGAAACGAUUAAUCUAAAGGAAAGUGAGCUUGCUAACCUUCUUUUUCCUCUAACAACAAUUUACGCCUCUAUAGCUAGAAAUCGUCAUCGAGAGAAAGAAUUGCAGGAAAUUGGAGUCAAAGAGAACAGAAGGGAGAUUCAGGUAGAAUUAGCAAAUUUAGAACAAGAGAUGAGAGAGUUGGAAGCUCGACGGCAAACGACUUCCUCGAUAUCUCGUCCGGUCGAGUUAUUCAUUAGUCUGGUUUCAGACCAAAAUCCCCAUCAAUUGGCAGAAUUUCAACAUUACUUGGAGUUGUGGAAAGCGCAACAUAUCGACCCUCUCUUUAAACAGAGACGAAAUCUAAUGGACCAACUAGAAUCAACUCGACACGCAGUUCUAACGCAACCUGAACAACAAAGUCAAAGCAGACAAGAUGAUAUCAAACGAAAGCUGGAGGAAGUCGCUCUUCGCAUUGAUCAGUUUGAUAUAUCGAUAGAUUCCUUCUGGAGUGAGUUGAUGGAACUUUGUGCUUUACUAGAAGAUGAUACGAUAAGGAACGAUCAUUUGAGCAAGCUCUCGUUAGAUCCCCAAAUUAUUAAGCAAGUUUACACGCAAUGUGUAUUGGAAGGUUAUCCUAUGCAAUUACUUCGAGGAAAUCCGUUACAGAUGACGGCAAGCAAGUUUAUACAAGAUAUAAUGAGACAACUAGGAGUUGCGUUGAAGAACAGAAGUAACUUACUUGUUGUAUCAGUUAUAGGCGCGCAGAGUUCUGCCAAAUCUACAUUGCUCAAUUACUUGUUUGGUUGUGGGUUUGCUACAAGGGCGGGAAGAUGCACGAAGGGUUUGUAUGCCUCAUUCGUACGCAUAUCGGACGGAAGAUAUCUUUUAGUUCUUGAUUCUGAAGGGCUUUUGUCUUUGGAAGGAGGUGGUCACGUGUUUGAUGGUCAAAUUACGGUGAUGGCUAUGGCUUGUUCGGAUGCCGUUAUAGUGAACCAUAAGGGAGAAAUUUCCUCGCAAAUGAAAGAAUUGUUAGAAGUUUGUUUGUAUGCAAUGGAUUAUUUGAAGGUGGCCGAUAUCCGAACGGAAAUGAUGUUCGUUUUGCGAGACCAGAGAGAUCGUAACACUAAAGUACAAAGGGAUUCGCUAACACUGAUGAGGAAGAUGCUGAGAGAAGCAAUGGGAAGUGGACAGAAAGAUCUUGAUGAUCUCGUGUCUUUGAGACAAGAUGCUAUAUUUCUUCUUCCGAGUGCAUUUUCUGAAGGCAAACGGGAAGGACGGACUGUAGAAUCACCGUCUGGUGUAUUUUCCGAAGAGGCGUUUGCUCUACGCAGAAAGAUACUGCAGUCCACGCUAGACGACCGCUCAACCUCAGAGCCGCCUGACGAUAGCGAUGCUCUUGUAGGCUGGUACAGACACGCUUGUAUAGUGUGGGAUACACUUACUAAUUACGGUUACACAUUGUUACAUUACAAAGCUCUUUAUGAAUUGCGUCUUCACAAAGAGAUAAACGAGAUCGUGACAUCUCUUGUCAAACAAGCUGAAAUCAAGUUUAAUGAGCAGGCGGGAGCUGUGGUGAAGAAACAUACAGAACGAUUGCGGGCGGCCAAAGACGAGACAGCUGUCACCAGGUAUGACUCAGAAUGUCAGUCUGAGCUAAAGUUUCUGAAAGGAACAGCACAAGAAGAAUUAGUUCGUCACUUCGAGGAACGCACUCAAGCCAAGAAGUACAACGAAGAUUUAAAGAAAGAAUUUCGUUGCAAAUUAGCAACUCCACUUUCCUCUUCUUAUGAAAUUCACAUCUACUCAUGGUUGAGACAGCUGCAGUUAGCUAACGACAGAGUCAACACAGAGGCUUUUGAUCGUAGCUUUUACGUAGAACUUGAUAAAGAGUUGAAGCGAACGAGAUAUCAAUCGUCAUUGUCCGAAUCCGACGCAGCAAAACUCUUUGAUGAGCGGUGGGUGCAAUAUGAAGCAAAGUACAGAAAACAUAUAAAACAGGCAAAGAGAAACAAUAGAGACAUUGAGGUGGAAGUUUUGACGACAUUUAGUGACGUUUUGACGAGACAUCGACAUAGCGAGUUACUUCAGGUCGUAGUUCCUAAUACCCGGUCAGCUCAAUUAUCAAAAUCUACAGACUUCGUUAACAGCAGCGACGAGAUAUGGUGUGACAAGUAUCUCAUAACAAAGUCUUCUAUGGCCAAGAACGUAUGGAACAGACUUUUUCCUUCGACGUCAUCAGACAAGGGUUCACUCUUAGUUGCAGUGAACAAAAUGAAGACGACAGUCGAACAUCUACAGGAUAGAUUCAUGAAGAAAAUUGAGUCACAAGACGGAAAAUGUGACACAGCUGUUGUCUCAGGUAUUGUUCUUCUGGCCAAUGAUGAAGUUCUAAAAAUGGAACCCGUAUUGGCGACUAUUGAUGAGAAACUAAGGUUACAGAGACCUCCAUUUAUUAACGAUCUUAUCGUUAAUUUGCAACAAGUAGCAUAUCAAGUAGUUUGCUCUGCUGAAGACAAACGCAUUUCAGAACAAGAAAGGGAACUCGGACGAAAGAGAGUAAAGAAGAGAGAAACCUUUCUUGCCACGGCAAGUGACGAUGCUGACGACCUAAAACGCGCUGCAGCGUUUGCCGGCGAGUAUAAUGAACAACUGUUGUUAUGGGUAAAGAGUAAAGUGCACGAAUUUGCGUCGGAAGUUCGUGACCAAGUUCUUCAGCAAAUGCAGGAUCCAGAGAAGGCAGCAGAACGAGCAUAUCAAAGCUCUUUUAAGAGAGGAAACUAUGAUGAGGUGUUGGAGUAUUGCAUUGAUGUGAACGCGUAUCUGAAGAAAUUAUUCACGCAAAUGUUUGAAAAUCGCAAACAGGUAGCAUUAGACUCCAGUGAGUACAAACUUAAAGAGAACAUUUCAGAAAUGUACAAAAUGUUGGAAAACACUGCAGAACGUUGGCAACAAAGCGCUCAAUCUGCAGGCCACUAUCUUCACGACUUUAAAGAUUAUCUUGAAAAACGCGCCAAAGACUUAUCUGAGACAUCUAGUGUUCGAAUUUUGCUAAUGGCUGCAUUGGUCAGGUUUCCACAAAUGGCGAACUUCCCUAUUGGACGAGUUGAGAAUUUCUGUGAACGUUUCAAGAGCAGUGUGCGUGAGCUGCUAACUAAAGUACAAACAGAUUUGCAUACAAUAGUAGCUGCCAGCAUGCGCGACGAGUGUCAACAAGUUUGGGAAAAAAUAAAAGGAUGUCGAGCAAAGUGCCCUCUUUGCGGUUCAAAAUGCUCACUCGUGAACGAUCACUACCAUCACUAUUGUGCUCAUCAUGUUUUUCCCGCUUUUCACGGAACGCGUUUGCGCCAUUGGAGACACCCGGUGUUUGUCAUGUGUCUCAGCACCGACGCUGCAAAAGGUUCGUGGGGUAGAGGUGACGAUGAACCGUUGCCAAGUCUGGCGAAGUUUCUUGAUCAUUACAAGGAUUGUCGACCAUGGAAGAAAUCACUUGUUUCUGAUCCAACUUUACGGAUAGAGCCAGCAGAACAGAUUCAAGCAUGGGCUGUUUGCAGGAAACCUCUUUUGAAAUAUUAUCGGUUGGUGGACAAAACUCCAGAAGAUUGGUUGAACUACGAAUCUAAGAGACCGUUAAAAGAAGACGAAUGUGAUAAGGCAAACGCUAGACUGGAGAAAUAUCGAGACAUUUAGAUGGCAUAGCUUUAGGCAGAGGACGUGAUCGCGUGGUACAUACAGUAUAGUUCAUGCAGUGAUCGAAUAUAUACGCUUGCUUUGUUAGCUACAUGUUUUUACUGAUGCUCUUUUAUGACUUACUAGCUUUGGUGUUGCAGAGCAUUGUAUGCAUUAGUUGUUGUUGCAAUUAUAUGAUUACAUUAUUAC